AAAGACGUAAAGUAUAUAGCUUGUGAAAUUUGUGUACGAAGAAUUGGAUGUUUGUGACAUGGUUUUAAAAUUUUAUACUAACCAUAACUUCUAGUUACCUUAAUCCACUAUAUUAGAACCUGGGGAAUGGCGUUACAGAGCGAGAUUUCCCCACGAUUGAUAGGGGAUGCAAACAAAGACACAAAGAUUGACGGAGAUACAAAAAGCAAUGGGAACAGUUCUUCCAGCAGCACAGAUGAGGAAGUGGAUCUGGAGGAUGGAGAAAUAUUGGAUUCGGAGGGAGAAGAAGAAAAAAAAGAGGAAAAGAAAGAUUUCUCUAACAGUUCCAUGAUGGAGGCUUUGGGCCAGAGCUUCGUUCAGAGCAUUGAACAAAUUGCUAGCCUGAGCAAGAAAAGUGAAAAUGCCUUGAUGAAGAAUCCAUCCCCUCCUGGUGUGCCCAAGACCCUCUCUCCCAGAAAACUUGGGACCAAGCCAUCUUCAAAGUACCUGGAUCGUGAAACAGAUGGAGAAGGGGGUUGGUUCCCUCCCUCUCCCAAGUACAAAUCCAAGUUCGACGAGAAACCCUAUGACUACAAAAAAGAGUUGGCAGCAUACAGAGGUACCCCACCCAGCUCUCCUGACAGGAAGCACAGCAGGGAGGACAAACUACGUAAAAAGAGGCUCUCGAAGAAAUCAAAAAAGCUUGGCAAGAAGACCAUCAAAAGAAAAGAUAUCAAGGGCAUGAGAGUCACCAAGUUCAAGAAAGAUUCUUCUGCCCCUAGAGGCCAGAUUUGCAAGUUCUUCAAGGAAGGAAAAUGUGCCAAAGGUUCCGAUUGUACUUACUCCCAUUCUUCUCCACCAAUCUUCAAAAAGAAAGAGCUCUGCAAGUUUUAUUUGAAUGGUCACUGCAAUAAAGGAAAAGAUUGCUUAUACAUGCACAGUGAAUUUCCAUGUAAAUUCUACCACACCGGAUCAGAGUGUUACGCCAAGGAUGAUUGCAGGUUUUCUCAUGCACCUCUUAGUGAUGAAAUGAAAAGAAUCCUGGCUGAUUACUUGAAGAUCCACCACGGCGACCUGGACGAAUUCAUGUCCGAUGGACACCGCAGCAAGCGUCGCAAGAGUCGCAGUCCCGAGCCCCGGCCCCCGCCGCCUGCGAAGCGACCCUGCCUGCUGGGGUCGCCGCCCAGGCACAUCCGGGAGGCGGAAGAGACCCGCAGGUGGCAGCAGGAGAUGAGGGCACAGCGGCAGCACCACCCAGGAUUCGAAAUCCGGAUCUCGGGGGCGGACAGCCCCCCGCCCGACUCCCCCCACUCACAGGGCGACGACAGCGUAACCUACUACCCCGAAGACUAUCCUCCGGAUUCUCCGCCCGCAUGCAGCCCCCACAGGAUGCCAGACGUGCCCCCCGAAUACCCACACAUGUCGCCUCCCCCUCAGUUCCCCGUCGCACCCCCUGUCUUCGACCAAUCACCUCGCAAGGAUUUCCCCUACGAGGAGGACUACGAAGAGGACUCGAUGCCCGCCCCAGAGCCACCCGACAACUGGAAGAACCUGGGCCAUGGCCUUCCCCCUCGUAAAGAAGAUCCUGCGAAAGAGUUCGUGGAUCCUGACAGCCAAGACUUCACUAGCGAUGUAAAGUUCGACGAGACAACACAGUUCAGCGAAAUGGAGUCUUCCGUGGACGACCUGCCGGCGCUCUCCCCCGGCCGGCAACCCCCCGGAGAUGAGGUUGAGGAAGAGGACAGCACCACAGAACCCGCCCCCGCUGAAAAAACCGCUACUCCGGAGCUGCCCCCCGAUGCGCCUCCUAUCAUCGUUCCCAGCCAUCUUCCACGUAAGCAGCGGGAGCUCUUCAUGCGUAUCCAGCAGCACCAACGGAAGAAUGCGGAGUCGGAAGAGGGCCUCUCGGAUGCGGGAGGAGGGAAGGAGGAGGACAAGGCCGAUCCCGAGUUCAAGUGGUACAGCAGCGAGGAUGAUGACGACGAUGAUGUGGAUCGGCCCCUGACGGAUGUCCUGAAGAAACUUCACCAAGCGCCUCCUCCUGAGAAGAAACCAGACUUAACCAGCAGCAAUCCAGCAGCAAACUUGAUGGAAAUGCUGAACAAAAUUCAGCAAAAUACUCAAGACAAAAGCAAGGCUGCUAAUACUCCGUCAGGAUCUUUCUGGGAGAAUAUUCUAUCUGGAGGUGUCCCAUCCGGAGGCACAGCACCACCUCCUGCCCUUUCCUUAGAACCCAAAAGAAGGGCUCUUCUUCCAAAUCCUCAACCUCCAGCAAUGCCUAAAGUCGAGACUAUGGCACCCAAAGAUCCUCGACUCAAAAGUCGUGACCCUCGCACUCUGGCUAAUGCUGUCUUGCCAAACAUGGCAAGCAAAGCAAGCCCGACUAUGCUGCCAAAUAUAACGUUACCAAUCACUACAAGUAAGACAAACAUGGCUUUGCCAAGUGCAACUUUGGCAGUUCCUACAUGCAGUACACUGAAUCUUCCCAAAGGCACAAGUGGUGAGCAAAACAGUCAUCCUAUAGGGCAUGUUCACCAAAUUAAAGAUAUCAACACUUUAUUCCCUAAAAUUCCUCCCGUGGGAAGUGAUUCCACUAAAGAAGUACCUUAUCGUCUCCACUGGGUGCACACAAAACCUCCAAACUACACACCGUACAUUCAUGCGACUCAGUCAAAUCCCAACCUCCUAAAAGAUCCUCGUCUUCGAAAACAUUUGAAUCUUGAGGCACCCAAAGAAAUUCCCCUCGAAAAUGGCAAGGAAGCAGAUGAUUCCAAACCAGCGGUGCUAAAAGAUGUUCCUCCUAUUCCACAAUUGUUGCUCAAGUAUGAAAAUCCUGAAACCAUAAACAUUUUUGAACCCAGCCCCAAAAAGGAACCCCUGCCAGUAAAGAGCGAACCCCUGGCGCCAAAGAGCGAACCCCUGGCGCCAAAGAGCGAACCCCUGGCACCAAAGAGUGAACCCCUGGCACCAAAGAGUGAACCCCUGGCGCCAAAGGGCGAACCCCUGCUGGUAAAGAGCGAACCCCUGCUGGCAAAAAGCGAACCCCUCGCAGCAAAGAGUGAACACGAACCCGAGAAAAUCCAACAGCCAAAGAGAUUUUCCAUGGACCCUCGCAUGAAGAGGAGGGAUUCUAGAAGCAAUUCUGGGUCCAGAAGCAAUUCUGGAUCGGACACUCCACCCAGGCUCACCAUUGUGGAAGGACCUCCCAGUCUUCCAUCCCAAGAGCAAAAGACAGCACCUGUAUUAGAAAUGGAGCCCACAGCAGAAGCAAAGUGGGACAGUGAUCGUUUUAGUGGUCUUCCUCCUGUCUUGGAAAAGAGUUGGGCACCACCAGUGUUAGAGAAAAAUUGGACAGUUUCCGUCAAGAAGGAAGCUGCAGACCAACCAUCCUCCGACCCUCCGCACCUUCAAAUUGGAAAGAAGGUAGUGGAAAGUGAAGUCCCAACUUUCGUAGCCGUGCUGAAAUUGGAAGAAGGUGAAGGCCAAAAUCCUAAAACUGUCCCUCCUUUAGUGAUAAAGAAAUGUAAACCGACACCAGCCAGCCACCUCCCCAAGGCCAUUGCAGAUCCUCGCAUGGCCAAAUUGCACUCCCCUUUAGAUCCGAGACGCUCAAGGGUGACUUCCGAUAAAAAUUCCCAGAGGAAGUCUCCACCACCAGAGGCUUCCGAUGCCUGUCCUGACAAGGAAUCCAAAGCUUCCGACGAAUCAGCGAAAGACCCCCCCACUCCUUCUCUUGAGGAGGAAACAAAACCUAAAAGCAGGAGCAUACCUAAGAAACGUAGACUCUCCGAAAAAAGCGAGGAGAAGAAAAAGACUGUCCACCGCAACAGAAAGAGCAGCAUGGAUUAUGCAUCCCCACUAAACUCUUGUGACAAUUCUGAUGCGAGUCAGAAUCUGAGUUAUAACAGUUACAACCAACGACCGAAAAGGACAGCUAAAUCUGUUGUUGAUCUGGGAGAAUCUUCCAGGACUACUCAGUCGAUGCAGGAAAGGACUGACACACCCCCUAUUUCCGAUUUCCUCCUGAGUGAUAAUUCAAGCUUGGAUUGUGAUAACAGCAGUGAUGUAAACUUAAAAGACAGGUUCAAGACUAUUGAUCCAACGGCUUCGCCAUUUUGCUGA